GGCUAGCUAGAACACAAACACACGUACACACACUUUUCUCUUCUUGAUCAUCAUAUAUUGUUUUUGUGCAUAAAUUAAAAAACAAUUAUAUAUAUAUAAUUGAUCAUGUCUGGGGUUUGGGUAUUUAAGAACGGGGUGGUGAGGCUAGUAGAGAAUCCUCAUAGGGAGGGAGGUGAGGGAUCGAAUAGUGGGGGUGGAAGGAGUAGAAAGGUGCUUGUUUAUACACCAACAAAUGAAGUUAUCACUUCUUAUUCUUUGCUAGAACGCAAGCUAUAUUCUCUUGGUUGGGAACGGUACUAUGAUGAUCCUGAUCAUCUACUUCAGUUCCAUAAACGCUCUACCGUGUAUCUCAUUUCUCUUCCAAAGGAUUUCAAUAAGCUCAAACCCAUGCAUAUGUAUGACAUUGUUGUCAAGAACAAGAACUUUUUCCAUGUUAUGGACAUGUAGACGUUGAUCAUAUAUCAUGUAUAUAUGUAAUAAUUAAUUAAUAAGGUAGGGUCUUUUAUUUGUGUGAAUUGGUUGGUGAGUUAAUGUCGUCUUUUACUUGCUGUGAUGUUGUAAUUUUUUUGUCACUCUUGUAUAAUAAUCAAAUUAAAAUUUGUCUAUCUUUAUA